UCUCUCUCCGUCUGCCUCUCGCUCCUCCGCCCACGAAACCAGCCGCUAUUCUCGUCUCCAUCAGAGAGAUCGUCCCAUCCUCCCCACGGUCACCGGACGACAUCUCUUCUCCCCAGCGGAUGCCCGGCCGGACAUCUGAUCGCAAUCUGCCGUCACGCGGAGAACCAUCGCGCCCGCGGCCUACCUCCGCCGCGCGUCGGGGGCGGCAUCCGGCGUCCAUCGUCGCGUAAGGGACGGGCGUUGCAGCAUUCACGUUCACGUCCAGCCAUUGCCGCCUCCGUUGAAUGCGGCGGCGGCCCGACGCCUAAUAAUCUCCUCGCUAAUGCAUCCGACGCUGUCGCUGGUCCUCUGAACGGUUUUGCUCUCCAUCGAGGUGGAAAGGAUUGGAAAUCGUUCCCAACUUGGAUUUGGUAAUGGUAUAAAGUUGUGGAUGAAAAGAGCUGGAAAUAGGAUGUUGACUUGUAGCUGUUUAGAUGACACCAGAUGAAAAUGCCCUUAUUACUCUAAAGAAAGGUAGCAAGCUUAUCAAGUAUAGCCGGAAAGGGAAACCCAAGAUCCGUACUUUCAGAAUUUCUAGUGACGAAACAACAUUAAUUUGGUACUCUCGCAACAGGGAGAAGUUUCUCCGACUCUCGUCUGUCUCUAAAGUUAUUCCCGGACAGAGAACUGCUGUUUUUAGGAGGUUUUUACGCCCUGAGAAAGACUAUCUGUCAUUUUCCCUCAUAUACAAGAACGGGCAACGUUCCCUUGAUCUGAUUUGCAAGGAUCAAGCUGAAGUUGAAGUGUGGUUUUCAGCACUUGAGGGGUUAAUAAGUUCAUGCCGUAAAAGUUCUGUUGAUGAGCACAAGGAUAGAGUAUCGUUUUCCGAUGAAGUAUCAUAUUAUCAGGAUAGUUAUUCAUAUGAUUCAACACUAGAUAUUGCUUCAAGUAUUUCACGUAGUUUUCACACUGCUGGUUACUGCAAAACCGAUUCUUUUAGCUUAAGAAGAUCAGAUGCUGGAUCUGAUCGUGCAAAUAUGAUAAGGACAAGUGGUGCGGAUAGUACUCGACUUAGUAUUUCCAGUGCCCCUAGUUCUUCCAGUCAGGGUUCUGGAACAGAUGACAUAGAGUCCCUUGGUGAUGUUUAUGUAUGGGGUGAAGUAUGGACUGAUGUGGCCACAUCAGAUGGAAACACAAGCUCAUCAUGCUCAAAAGUAGAUGUUUUGAUUCCCAAACCUUUAGAAUCAGAUGUUGUCUUAGAUGUUAAUCAGAUAGUAUGUGGUUCAAGGCAUGUUGCUCUUACUACCAGACAAGGGGAGGUGUUUACAUGGGGUGAGGAAGUUGGUGGGCGCCUUGGUCAUGGAACUGAUGCAGAUAUAAGUCGUCCCAAGCUUGUUGAGUCAAUAUCUGUGACCAUAGUUGAUUUUAUUUCAUGUGGAGAAUUCCAUACCUGUGCUAUAUCUGCUUCCGGUGAUCUGUUUAAUUGGGGAGAUGGUUCAUACCAUGCUGGAUUGCUUGGAUAUGACACUGGAGUUAGCCAUUGGCUUCCAAAACGUGUCUCGGGGCCCUUAGAGGGGCUUCAAGUAUUAUCUGUUGCAUGUGGCUCGUGGCAUUCAGCUCUGAUCACAUCGAGUGGAAAAGUUCACACAUUUGGUGAUGGAACAUUUGGAGUUCUUGGGCAUGGAAACCGUGAAAGUGUUGCAUACCCAAAAGAAGUAGAAGCCUUGAAUGGAUUUAGAACGGUCAAAGUUGCAUGUGGAGUCUGGCAUUCUGCAGCAAUCGUGGAGGCUACUGUUCAGACAGGCAUGAAUGUGGUGUCUAAGAAGCUGUAUACCUGGGGUGACGGGGAUAAGAAUCGUCUUGGACACGGUGACAAAGAAGCUAGGCUGAUUCCUACCUGUGUUCAAGCUCUUCUUGAGCACAAUUUUCAUCAGCUCGCCUGUGGACAAAACAUGACUGUUGCCCUUGCUACAUCUGGUCAUGUGUAUACCAUGGGUAGUGCUGACAAUGGUCAGCUCGGAAAUCCAAAAUCUGAUGGUAAACAGCCUUGUUUAGUCAAAGAUAAACUAGGUAAUGAGUUAGUUGAGGAGAUAUCGUGUGGAGCUUCCCAUGUUGCAGUUUUAACGUCACGAAGCGAAGUAUACACAUGGGGCAUGGGGGCCAAUGGAAGACUUGGUCAUGGUGACAUCAAUGACAAAAAGACACCAACCAUCGUUGAAGCACUUAAAGAUCGACAUGUCAAAAGUAUAUCAUGUGGUUCAAACUUCACAACAUGUAUUUGCAUACAUAAGUGGGUGUCAGGUGCAGAUCAGUCAGUUUGCACAGGUUGUAGGCAAGCAUUUGGUUUCACAAGAAAGCGACAUAAUUGCUACAACUGUGGGCUAGUACACUGUCAUGCUUGUAGUUCAAGAAAAGUGCUCAAGGCUGCUUUGGCACCAACUCCUGGCAAGCCACAUCGUGUAUGUGAUUCAUGUUUCCUCAAACUGAAGAAUGCAGAUACCAACAUCAACAAUGUCAGCAAAAGAAAUGCUCCUACUCGUCGCUCUAUUGAUAGCAGAGAAAAGCCAGAAAUAAGGCCUUCCAAGCUUGUAGCAACACCGUCAGCGGAACCAGUCAAGUGUAUGGAGGUAAAAUCAGCUAAGAGUGAUGCGAAAGCUGCAGAGUCGAUCAUGAAGGCAUCUCAAGCUUCGGCUAUACUACAGCUUGGCUUUGCUGCCCAAUUUGGUGCGCUUCAACCCAUGGGAAUGUCACCAGCGCUAGCUAUGUCACCUGCAAUGCCAGCAUUUUCUUUAGCACCUCCAUCUCCAUACACAAAGAAAACAAAAUCACCUCCUGCUGCUGCUAUUCCACAGAGCUCUAAAGUUGAUUUUGAUCACUUGCAGAAGUCAAAUGAGUUGCUGAAUCAAGAACUUCAGAAGUUGCAAUCUCAGGUUGACGAUUUGAAACAAAAGUGUGAAGCCCAACAUGAGCAGCUUCAGAAAUCAGAUAAAAAAGCUAAAUCAGUUGCCUUUCUGGCUGCUGAAGAAUCCACCAAACGUAACGCUGCCGUGGAGUUUGUUAAAUUUCUAGACAAUGAGCUCAAGGGUCUUGUGGAUAAACUGCCCAGUGAUGCUGUCAACAGCAUAAAAGCUUUGCAAGUUCAGACGCAUUCACUCCUGAAGGAACAAUCAAGCCAUCCGUCAGAGCUCAUGAAUACAAUGGAACGUGAUCAUCUUCACCUGUCUAGUGGCGGAAGCGGAAGAUAUGAUUUGGCCAGUCAUAAGUCAGGCGGUGCAGGUUACUUGACAAUGUCACAGGAUGGCAGACCUGCUAGUGGCUCUGCCAUUUCCAUCACUAGCGAAUCUCCAUCCCAUCGCUUCAUGGAAAACAGUGCAAAGGCCCACGGUGAUGUUGCCCCAAAGCAUGGUACCCACGGAGAAGUGCAAUUAAUUGAGCAGUUUGAACCUGGCGUCUAUGUGACACUUAUCCAGCUGAAAGAUGGCACCAAAGUAUUCAAGCGGGUCCGAUUCAGCAAGAGGAGAUUCGCGGAGAAUCAGGCUGAAGAGUGGUGGAGGGAAAACCAAGAGCGGGUCUUCAAGAAAUACAGCCAUCCAACUCAAUCAGCUCAUGGAAACACGACCUCUUCUCAUGAGGAUGAACAUCAUCCAUGACCUCCAUCCAAAUCAGGUCCACAAGGUCGUCGAAUACACGCCUCGUUGAGAGUUGACAGGAAAUAUCUGCUCUGCACUCAGGAGAUAUGCCUGGAGGGCCUCUUCUAGGAGCUUUUAUUAUGUCUAGGAUAAAGACAUGAUUUGUCGUUGUUUUAUUCUUUAUUCUCCUGUACCUUGUAGAUUAGUAAUUUUCUACCUCGUCUUUUUUACCCUGUUCAAACUCCCUUCUGACUUAUAUAUUCAUGUUCAAAGCCACAUAAGCUGACCACUCACCUGGUUUGCUCUAGGCAGUUACUCUUGUUGAUUACGCCGGACUGGCUGUUGACGUUAUGAGUCCUUUUGGUUCA